GAAGAAGAAGAAGAAGAAGAAAUAGAAGAUUCAACAUCAUGGCGGUUGCCGGGGUUAUUGAUGAGCAUGGAAGGUUUCAGCCUAUGUUGGCCUUGCAGGAUUAUAGUAAUUCUUCAUUUGGAGGAACUGAUACAGACAUCAACAUCUCAUGCGGGGAAAGCGACUACAACACGAUGUCCGAUUCCACCAAUCCAACCCCAAAUUCUACACCGAAGCCUGUAUCCAUACUCGCGCGCAUAUCGCUCAUGCCAGGUAGUGAGCGACACGGAUUAUCGCACUCUCCAAUUGUUAAAAAGAAGCGACACGUUUGUACGUUUGAUGGCUGUGUCAGGGCCUACGGAAAAUUGUCUCACCUGAAGUCGCAUAUAAGGACACAUACAGGUGAGAAGCCCUACAACUGCUCCUGGCCUGACUGUGACAAGAAGUUCUCCCGUUCUGAUGAACAAAUCCGCCACCUGCGGACUCACACGGGGGAGAAACAGUUCCAGUGCCCACUGUGUGCCAUGCGCUUCAUGCGAAGCGACCACCUGCUCAAACAUGCCCGUCGCCACCCUGGCUUCGAACCAUCCAUGAUCAGCCACAAGGGUAAUCAAAUAAUGGACUGAAGGAGCCUAACAGUACUCCUUAUAGUCCAAGGACAUUACAUGCUGUUUAAAGGCAAAUUGGCUCUGGCAGCCAAAACAGCCUAAUACUCAAUCUAAACGUGAAUUGAUUCUCAAUUGCGGUACGGUUCUAGAAACAUAAAUCCCUUUUUUCAUUUCACAUCAAAAUAAUUUCACAAAUACUCACUCACUGUUCACUGUUUUAACUGGUUUAACAGUUGCAGCCGACAGUGUUUUUUCAGUGACGACACGUUUGUGGCGUCCUUCCGUUUACACACAGGUGUUCGGAGACAGAUUGCUAAUUGGCACAGGUAGUCCACUCGGUCUUCUGUCUUUUUUCCGUAAACAAGCACUAACAGAAAUAAGGCUGUGUGGGAACCCUAUAAAAGUGCAUAUCAAUUGAACCAUUUUGUUUUUAGAAAAUUAUUUCUUGCUGAUAUGAAAAAUAGGGUCAUAAUGCUUCUUAAACUGUACCGCAAGCGCUGCGUGUUAAUGUUAAGACCAAGCUUCGGGGCUCUUUACAAAACUCCCUUGUACAGAAGACGCCUUUGUCCAAUGACUCUUGUGUAAUGUAAUUGAACUGUGAGUCAUGAUCAAGGGCUACCAUAAAGGGGGGAGGUAGGGCCUGGGGUGUAUUCAUUAGUCAGAUUUAAUAGAAAAAAUGUUUGGUAUGUUGCAAAACAUUUUGCAACAGUUUACUCCAAACAGAAAAUGUUUUGAAAUUAAAAAGAGUUUCUGUUGGACAAAUUCAGGUAGGCCCCUCCCUGUUUCGUUCUGUUUGGUUCCUAGAGUAAACGGUAACCGUAGCAAAACGUUUUGCAAUUGAAUCCGACUAAUGGAUAGACCCUUGAUCAGACCAAUGGAUCUCCACUGGAAGCAGAGGUGCGGGAUAGGAGAGGAAGAGGUUCUGUGGCCAUGCCCUGGUCCCAGAUCUGUCUUAAGACAAUUCCUUUGACUAUUGUCAUGAUGCCAUACAUUCAUGUUUGGCUUGACAAGGACCACACGUGGCACAGCAGAGUUGGCUAAAUCACACAUACAGAUGGGACCAGGCUACUGUAGCCUACUUCAGCCUGUCUCAGAUAACUCAUUUUGUAUUAUUGAUGAUCAAUACCCACUGGUUAGGUUUCGUUAAUGCUGAGAUAAUGUUUAAGUUUUGUACGUUUUAUAGCUUUUGGUAUAGUGGAGAUAAUAGUAAGAUUACUGUGGAUGGUAAUUGUUUAUGGAACAGUUGUUAUAUUUGGUAAACUUACUGCUGGUACUGUACUAUAGAUAUGUUAAACUGAGCUCUGAGAUCAAUAAUGGCACUAAGUGUUUUUAUGAUUUAUUUUAUCCCUUUGUUGCAAUUUUCACAAGUAUGUUGUACAUUUUCACAACGCUUUGUACCAAACUCAAAACAGAUCAUCAAAAAGGCAGUUUCACAACUCUUAGCACAUUAGAUUGACUAAGUACAACGCAAUCAUACAGUCCAUUUUUCAAACUUAAUCAGUUUCAUCUAGAAAUACAUGUUCAUAUGAAGUAAUUGCCUUUCACAAUGCAAUGCUCACAUUACUUUUGAUAUGAUUGUCUUCUCAUUUGUUUAAAUACGUUUUAUUGAUAAUCACUUAACCAUUUGGUAAACCUAUAUAAUGGUUUGUCUGCAACAUUUUGAGAAUAAUGAAUGUAUGUUUAAGGUAUGAACAUAAAGUAUGAUAUACUGUAAUGUAAUAUUAUGAAUGAUUUUACUUCAGUAAGUUAAAAUAAAUCUGAUAUUAAGAUCAGAUGUAUUGUAUGUAAUGCAUCCCCUAUACAGUAAACAUGUAUCCAAAAUGAA